AAACGUGCUUCAUGUUAGUUCCUAAAUUGAUAGCCUUGCUAAAGAGUUCUUCAACUCUGAAGCAGGCUAAACAAAUCCACGCCCAUAUCCUGCUUAAUGGUCUAGAUCAUCUAGAACCUGUUUUAGUCCAUCACAUUCUUCUCUGGGAUGUCAAGAACUAUAAAACUAUAGCUAUGUAUGUGCAGUCAAUUGUUCAACAUUCACGCAAUCCAGAUUCCUUUUCAUGGGGCUGUACCAUUCGGUUCUUCUCUCAGAAGGGCCAGUUCACUGAAGCAAUUUCUCUGUACGUUCAAAUGCAGAGAAUUGGACUGUCUCCAAAUUCAUAUGCGAUAUCCUCUGCUUUGAAGUCAUGUGCCAGGCUUGAGUAUAAACUUGGUGGUAUAUCAAUUCAUGGACAAGUUCAGGUGUAUGGAUUCCCUAGUUGUGUUUACGUCCAAACGGCCCUUCUCGAUUUAUACUCGAAAGUGGGUGACACAGAGACUGCACGUAAGGUGUUUGAUGAGAUGUCCCAGAAAAACGUGGUUUCUUGGAAUUCUAUGUUAUCUGGGUAUCUGAAAGAUGGUAACUUGGCUGUGGCUCGCUUGUUUUUUGAUGAGAUUCCUAGGAAAGAUGUCGUAUCUUGGAACUCUAUGAUCUCAGGGUAUGCAAAAUCAGGAAAUAUGGACCAGGCUUGUUCCUUAUUUCAACAAAUGCCGGAGAAAAACUUGGCUUCUUGGAAUACAAUGAUCAGUGGUUACAUUGAUUCCGGGAGCAUAAUAUCUGCGAGAGAAUUUUUUGAUGCAAUGCCAGUUAGAAACAGUGUUUCUUGGAUGACAAUGAUUUCGGGGUACUCAAGGACAGGGGAUACUGAGUCUGCUCGAAAGCUUUUCGACCAGAUGGAUGACAAAGACUUGCUUUCAUUUAAUGCUAUGAUAGCUUGCUAUGCUCAGAAUAGCAAGCCAAAGGAGGCCCUUGCUCUAUUAAACGACAUGCUUAAACCAGACGUCAAUAUACAUCCUGAUGAGAUGACUUUGACAAGUAUUAUAUCAGCUUGUUCACAGUUAGGAGAUAUAACAUACUGGCCCUGGAUUGAGUCAAGCAUGAGUGACUUUGGAAUUGUUCUGGAUGAUCAUUUGGCUACUGUUUUAAUUGAUAUGUAUGCCAAGUUUGGAAGCAUUGACAAUGCGUAUGAGCUAUUUAAUGGUCUGAGAAAGAGGGAUUUGGUUGCAUAUUCUGCAAUGAUACAUGGGUUUGGAAUAAAUGGUAGGCCAUUUGAUGCAAUAAGGUUAUAUGAACAGAUGCUUGCAGAGUGUAUUUGCCCGAAUUUAGUUACCUACACGGGGCUCUUGACAGCAUACAAUCAUGCGGGACUGGUUGAAGAAGGAUACCGCUGCUUCAAAUCCAUGAAAGAUUAUGGACUUGUGCCUUCAGUUGAUCAUUAUGGAAUCAUGGUUGAUCUUUUAGGGAGGGCGGGAAGGUUGGAUGAAGCAUAUAAGCUUAUAAUCAAUAUGCCGAUGCGACCAAAUUCUGGACUUUGGGGAGCUCUACUUCUUGGUUGCACAUUACACAACAAUGUGGAAUUGGCGGAAAUUUCUGUUCAGCACUGCCUUAAGUUGGAGAGUGAUACCAGUGGUUAUUGCUCUCUUCUUUCUAGUAUAUAUGCUUCUGUUGGUAAAUGGGAUGAUGCCGAGAGGUUGAGAAUGGGUUUGGUUGGAGAGAAACUCAAGAAAAUACCUGGAUGUAGUUGGAUUUAAUUUGGCUCCACCAUGACCGGAAGAGGAAAAAUGUCUGGAGUCAUAUGUAUGACAAUAACUUGAUGCUUCAGUGGCUUCUACCAUCAUCCAUCACUUAAAGUUGACGUCUUACAUCAACUUACUUGAGAAUGAAGAUGAAAAAAUGACAUAGGUUUUGUGUCUGAGGAAGCUUUGUGUAGCCAUCAAAGUUCUUUUUUUCCCAGUGUGUCCCAAAACUGAAGCAUUUAGAUAUAUCAUGCAUAAUCUGU